AAUUCAGGCAGGUGGGUCACUUCCGGGAGCAGUUCCUGGUCCACGUAUGGAAAAGCUCACAAAUAUCCUCUUUGACAGAUAAUGACAUUUGACUGUGUUUAUCCAAACGAACAUCCCCCCUGAUGUAUAAACAUUAAAAAAAUCAUCGAUAUCCAGGAGACUGGAGAGCUAGCAAGCAGCGACUUUUCACCAAACGGGUGCAACAUGUCUUGGUUUACUGAUUUGGCUGGAAAAGCCGAGGACUUCCUAAAUAAAGUGGACCAAGGAGCUGCUACCGCCCUCAGCAAAAGCGAGGCAAGGACAUCCUCCUUUUCCUCUUUGCAUGGAGAGGAACUGGCUGUAAAAAAUGAAUACAAUUCCCCAGCAUACAAGACUGAGCCAUCUGACACGCAUCAUGCCUACCCAUCCUCCCAUGAAGCGCCAAAUUACAUUUCUGCUGUAGCCGGCAACAUUAAGAAAUCCAGCGCUACUCUCCUGGCUGGGACGGCCAAUGUGCUCAACACCCCCUCCGGGUCAAACCCCGCCAAAACGUCGGCAGGCUUUGUGAGGCCCAAAAAGAGUGAGCAGGACGUGGAUGAUGACAUGCUCUUUAACUUCCUGAACAGUUCGGACCCUCCGGAAAGCACCAGGAGGGAUUCCAGGAGAGAGUUUGUGAAAGCCGUGGCUCCGGUGAUGGAGGUGCAAAGCCCAACGCCGCCUCCUUCGGUUACUCCUCACAGCAACCUCUCAGCUCCUUCCACGCCUCCUUCUACACGCGGGGUGUCAAGGGCCUCAAGCAUGAGCUCUCUUUCUGCCCACAGCAUAAAAACCUCAGAGGAGAAUUCGUCUAAGGAGCAAGGUCAAGACACACCUGAGAGUUCUGACUCUAGCUUAGCUCCCCCGCAGGAGCCCACUAGGAUGGAGCCCAUGGUACCCACAGAGGAGCCGCAGAGCCAGAUCCUGUCCAGCCUUCGCCUUGAGAACCAGCUGCUCCGCAGCGAGGUGGCCUCCCUCAACCAAGAGAUGGCCUCAGUUAUCCAGAGAGCCAAAGACUUACAAGAUGAAUUGAACCAGGCCCGCCUGCGAGCAGAUCGGUGGAACUCAGAGCAGUCACAAACUGACCGAACACUGAGAGAACUUCGAUCACAGGUUGACGACCUCACAGAAGCACUUUCGGCCAAAGACGGCCAACUGGCGGUCUUAAAAGUCCGACUCGAUGAAGCCGAUCAGCUACUGAAAUCUCGCAGCUUUGCACUGGAGGAAGCACAGAAAGAAAAGUCGAGAAUCAUGCAAGACCACACAGAAGGGAGCAGCAUGCACUCCCAAGCUCUGGAAAAGAUACAGGAGAGGCUGCGGGAAGCAGAGCUUUCUGUCAGGAGGGAACAGGACAGCUAUCGGCAGAUGCAGAGUGAGUACGCUGACCGGCUGGGCAGGUUAGAAGCUGAGAGGCAAACCCUUGCCGAGACGGUGAUGGCGGCAGAGAGACGAGCCACAGACGAGAAGCUCAGGGUCGACGACCUCCAGCAGCAACUGAAAAGCGCCAAAGCUUUAGCUGAGUCUGCCAAGCAGGAGCUACAAGAUUACAAGCACAAAGCUUCACGCAUCCUACAAUCCAAAGAAAAGUUAAUAAGCAGUUUGAAGGAGGGGUCGGGUCUCGAGAUUGGAGAUGGUAGUGGGACCAUGGCUCUGGAGCUGGAGGAACUUCGUCAUGAGAAAGACCUGCAGAGGGAAGAGAUCCAAAAGCUGCAGGGGCAAGUGGGCGCUCUACGGGCAGAAAUUCAGGAUCUUGAGACACAAGCCCUGUCAGAGGCAGAAGCUUGGAGGGAGCAGCAGGUCCAUCUACAGGAGCAACAGGCUAUGCAGAAUCGAGCCAAGCAGGAGUUAGAAGCUGAGGUGGAGCGCUACAAGCAGGAGCUGCAGUACCUUGAGGAUGAGAACCAUCGGGCCAAACUGAACCUGCAGAGCCGAAUCAAAGACAGAGAAGAUGAGAUCCAAAAACUCAGGAAUCAGUUGACCAAUAAGACUCUGAGCAGCAGUAGCCAGAUGGAGCUGGAGAAUCGACUCCACCAGCUGACAGAAACACUGAUCCAGAAGCAAACCAUGCUGGAGGCUUUGGGCACUGAGAAAAGCUCCCUGGUCUUCCAGCUGGAGCGUUUGGAGCAGCAGCUGAAGAACGCUCAGGGAGGGCAAACUGGAGGCCCAGCCAUCAAUAUGAGCGCUAUGGAGGGCCCAGGGACCCGUCAAAGAAACACACCGGUUCUGUUCAGUGAACAGGAAAGCCCAGGCGUUUAUGGAAAAGUGCGGAAGGCAGCCAGCACUAUUGAUCGCUUCAGCAUAAGACUGGGAAUCUUUCUGAGGCGCUACCCCAUGGCUAGGCUUUUUGUCAUCCUUUACAUGGCGGUGCUGCACCUGUGGGUCAUGAUUGUUCUUCUAACUUACACACCAGAAAUGCAUGGUCGCCCCGAUGGAAGAUAGAGGAAGACUUAACAUUUCAAGUUUGAGAUGUUUUUCUAAGGCCUUCGAUGAAAGGAAGCUGCUGGAUAAUGGGCUCUGGGAGCUGACUGUCCCCGUUUUGCACAGAUAUGCUAUGAAUUGAUGAUAUUCAGAUUCAUUGUUGGUUUCUUGGAGUAACAGCUGAAUUUUGAAGUUAAUACGUGAUAAUAAGUCAUAUGCUUUGUUGGUUUCCUGGAAAUGACCUGACAUUGUUACUCUUCUCAAAAUACUUUCCUCCUUUUCCCUUGAGAGAUUGUAUGUAACACUAUGUAUAAAAAAAAAUGCUUUUAAUAAACAU